GUUCAAAACUUCAUAUUUUUUGCUUGACUGUUCAUCUCUUUUGCUGCAUGUAGAGUCGAGGCGAGUAUUAAUAUUAGGCCUCCUUUUUCUUCAUAGUGUAGCCAUUGCUAGUAAACUCUGGAUGUGGUCAUGUUGCGCUCAUCCACAAAGUAUGAUUCGAAAUGGAUAAAGACUAAUCUCCAGUUGAUAUUCUCCGAUGAGGAUUUAAAUCGGAUGUGGAGUGAGAUGGUGACAGAUGGUGAGAUAAUGACUGAUCAGUCUUAUCCCAAUGACAGUGAUAAUGGAGACACCGAGCCUGGCGGAAGUGCUGGGUCUGAUAAAGCUAAAAGUGAUUCUGAAAGUGAACAAAAUGAAACCGUUGACAAAGAGAAUAAGAAGUCAGAGUUCAAGCCAAUACUUGAAGAGUGGACAUGGGGAGAGGAGCCAACCCUGGAGCAGCUGGUUGAAGCUCAGAGAGUUGUUAUUUCAGAACAGGAAGACUUGAAUAAUGAGGUAGCCCUGACUUCGCUCUCUAUAAACAGAUUGAAUAAGAGAGUGAGAGUGAUGGAGAGAGUUUUUACAGCUUUAUCAAACAGAAACAGUGUAACUGUACAAGAUGACAAAGAGGUCGUGCCAAUGGCCGUAUCUUCUGUAAAACAAGAGAGUAAAGCUCCAGCCACUUCUUCAAAAAAUAAUCAAGGGACUGGUACUGAAGGUCUGGCUAGAUUAGGAGCUAAAACUGCUCUGUCUUUUGCUUUUGCUUUUUUACGACGAGCUUGGAGAUCUGGAGAAGACAAGGACUUGUGUAGCGAGGUCCUUCAGCAAGCAUUGGAUAUACUCUACGAGGUACCAGUACCGUCUCUCUUUAACUCCUCCGAUAUUUCCAAUGUUUGGCUGGAAACCGUUGACCAGUGCAUGUCGUUUUUGAAAUCAGUCUGCUGUGGUUUUCAAAAGGAAGAGCAACUCAUCCCUUUAGAAGAUCGUCAGAAAGCACUAUCACUCCUCACUGAGCUGGCCCUCCAGAGAGGAACGCUGGAUUGCAUUCUUGACUGCAUACUCCUCUUGCUUCAUUUAUCAGACAAAGCCUCACGAUCUAACGAACUAUUGAAAACGGAACACGACAAGGAACCUUUCUUCCCGGCGGAAGAAGAGCUCAAUUAUCCACUAGUGCCUUUUCUAAGAAGAAUAUCGAACAUCCCUUCAUCGUCAGGUCUUUAUAUUCCACUCCAGACUGAUGAGGCUUGCUAUUCAGGAGAUCAUCCUAGUCCUACCAAGUCAUUCUUAGACUUUGUCACUCUUCCAAAUGAUGACUCCACAAGACUUGGAUUGAAGCAGUGUGCCACCAUUGCUCUCUCUCAUCUUGAUAGACUGGCUGAACCUUACAUAUGCUCUGAGGAGACAAUUGAUGGAACUGUAAAGCGUAAAGCUUCUGAGAUUGCUCACUGGGGUAGCAACAGGAGUGAAGGAGGUCCGUCAAUAAUACAGACUUCAAAUAUUUUGCUUGAAAUUGGAGCAAAGGAAUUUUACUCAUCUCCAAAGCAUCGAGUGGUUCUUACAGUUCAUGGAACUGUCUUUUAUGUGAUGGAUGCGUCAAUGGGUGACUUCACUGUUGAACAAUUAUUCUUUCCUGGAGAUGAAGAGAUUAUUCAAAUUGAUCAUAAUCCUUCCGGAAAUCACAUUCUAGCACUCACAAAGGAUGGGAAAGUGUACAGCUGGGGACAAGGAAGCAACGGUGUACUGGGAAUUGGAAACACAGAAUCUCAGACUGCCCCUACUGCUGUAGCUGCACUCUCUGGUGAUAGGAUUGUUCAUAUUUCUGCUGGUAGCAUGCACAGUGCUGCUGUUACUGAAGAUGGUGUUCUUUAUACCUGGGGCAAAGGCAGCUAUGGCAGACUUGGACAUGGUAAUGCUGAAGACAAGCUUAUUCCAACAAUAGUAGAAGGGCUGAAUGGAGUCAAGAUAGUCCAAGUUGAUUGUGGAAGUGGUGAUGCUCACACACUAGCACUAGAUGACACAGGACAGGUGUGGUCCUGGGGUGAUGGGGACUAUGGGAAAUUAGGUAGACCUGGUAGUGAUCAGAAUAAAGUCCCCAAGCCGAUUUCUGGUAUUGGAUCCACGUCACCGGUUGUUAAGAUUAUAUGUGGGAACCAAAUCUCAAUGGCGCUUACCAAGGAUGGUAAACUCUAUUCAUGGGGUUGUGGUGACACCUAUCAGCUUGGUCACGGUAAUCAAGAGCACGUUCGUCAGCCAAAGCUAAUCGAAGGAUUAUCAGAGACUGUAGUGAGCGAUGUGAGUGUUGGUGCCCAGCACUGUGUGGCACUAACGACUGAUAGUGAUGUCUAUGCUUGGGGAAAGAACUCUUCUUUUGAAGUGAACGAAUCCGGUGACAUUAUAUCUUCGCCGCUAAUGAUAGAGGCUGCCUCUGGUAAAGGGGCUUUAUUAAUUGCUUGUGGUGCUUCUGAAACUUUUGUAUCUUUCAGUAAAAGUCCGACCCCAACCGGAAAAGAGCUUCCCUUCAUAUUGAAUGUAUCAACUGUCACUUUUGAGAAAUUGGAUCAACUCUUGAAGAUUGUUUGUGAUAAGUUGGAUGGGAAAGGUCCUAACACUCACCCUCCAUCCCAAGAGCAGGAAUGCAUGGCCAUAGCUGCUCUUAACCUGCUUAAACUCCAAUUAUACACUGCUACAUCGUCAGGUAUACCUUCUGAGUCUAUUGGUCUCCAGCCUGGCUCGACUCUACUCCAGUCAAUCAAGCAUUUUGUGAUUGAUCUUGCUGGUGAAUCUGGCGUCAUACCUUCUGUUCAAAAUGCAGCACAGUCCGUUCUAAGAAGUGGCUGGGCAAUAUUACUACCAACAGUAUCAGAGAGAGCCAGUGCCCUCUCUGGCCUACUGCCAAGUGGUCCUGUGACAGAUUCUUUGCCUAAAGGACAGCAGUUCAUGAUUCAUUUGUUAGUGAACAGUCUGAUGGCUGACCAUGGCUUGGAGAAUGCUUUAAUGUCUGCCAUUACUUUUGAAACUCGAGAGCAAGACACAAUUUCCGAAAUACUAAGUGAUGAUGCUGUGCCUCUGUUACACUUGGUCCAUCAACUCAUUGGAAAUUCUAUUAGUAUGAGCCUGUCAUACUUUAAGCAGCUCCUUCAGACUUGUGACAUAAAGAAACCUACUGUCAUUGAUGACUCUGAACUUAAGUCAGACUCCUCUGCUAAAGGAUUGCUGCAAUUAUUUCAGAGGCUACUCCUAUCAAAUGUAUUCUCUUGCAGCAAAACGAAUGAAGCACAAACAAGAGGUGCUCUCUCUGUAUUAAUAAAAUACAUUGCCAUGGUCCAAGAAUACUCCAAUCAAGUCCUUCAUUCUGCUAUAAGAGUUGGUUCACUUGGGCCGAGAUAUUUCAUCCUUGCAUCAUCUGCUUUGUCUAAAGGAAUGUUUGGGGCACUGCUGCCUGAAUUAGCUGUGGGUCUUGUUCUCUUACAGUUGAAAGCUCCUCUACUUAUAUCUGAGUCUGACUGUGUCCCUUUACUUAGUGGGCUGCUUGAUUUACUUGAUAAAUUUAAUCGUUUGUCUCCUAACUGCACUAAACUGGAUGAAGAGGACAUGGCAUGGCCUGAUGUUAAAAAUAUUAGCUUUGCGGAUGCGUCAUGUAGAGUUGUCACUAAAAGUGAUAUUGAGAAGCACAAUAGUGAAGAAGGUGAAGGGAAGUGGCUUAUUAUUAAGGGAAAAGUGUAUGAUGGGGAACAGUUAGCAUCUCAGGUGAGUCUACUACAUGUUCAUAAUGCAUCUAUAUUUGUGAUACCAAUUAUACUAUUCAUGUACAUGUAUACAAUGUACUGUACUUGGUAAAGAAUUACAUUGUACUUU